AUGGAUACCCUGCACGAGGAUUUGUUUCGAGAUAUUGAUACAGAGGACGAGGCUGACUUGUACGACCAAGUGCCUGAGUCAUCUUGCACUGGACCCAGAAAGAGCUGCGCAAGAUGCCAGGAGCUUGGGAGACGCUGUUAUCGCUGUCGACGAAACAAAAACACGAAGAUAGACGAGACGCCUCCCAAAAAGUCAUCGCUUGAGUUGAUUCUGGGAUCUGCAGCUUCGCGACGGCGAUAUUCAAUCGAAGAAACGCCACCAGAGCCCACUAGAACCACCAAAGACACGCCAACAAGGGCAAGACCUCAAGAAUCUACCCAAGACACUAGAACUACUUACUCGGAGAGGACAUACACCUCUCAUAGUACCUAUCGCAACGAAUACGACUCAUGGUCUAGAAGUACUAGUCCAGAAGCACGAGCAGGUCCAGAAGCACGAGCAGGUCCAGAAGCACGAGCAGGUCCAGAAGCACGAGGUGGCCCGACAGAUCGAGGAGAUCUAGCAGAACUAGGAGGUCGAACAGCACGAGCAGGUCAGAACGUCGACAUGCGUCCCGUCGACGUAGGAGCAGCAGCUAUACUCACCCCCGAUCCCGUCAUCGUUACUAUCGGCAUGCAGAAGAAACUCGGCGCCGUCCGCGUUAUCGUCGAUCAGAUGUUCAGUUCGAGGUCCUCAAAACCUGUGCCGGCUGGCAAUUACUCUCAACAAAAUGCCACGUUGAAGAGCUUGUGA